AUGGACAAGAGUAAUAUUCUCAUUCCGAUCAUGUCUGAAGCAGAUCCCGCACCAAAAGGACUGUUACAAGAGGUUUCCUGUGGAUGCCAAGGGCCCUGCAAAUCGAAGCGAUGCAACUGCCGAAAAGCCGGUCUAAGGUGCUUGCAAAGUAUACCGCGGAAAAUCGUGCAACAACUCAAAAAAAUGGACUGCUACAGAACACUGUGACAGCGAAACUCCGACGACUUCAGAUGCAUGUGAGGAGGACGGUGGACAAACUACCGUAGAACCCGAUAAUGAUGACUUAACAGAAGAUGAUGAGACCUUAU